AUGAGUCGACGAGUUCCGAUCGAAGCUCAGAGCGUCGAUGCACCACUCACAUCAUCUGCCACCUUCCUGGUGCUCUCCGUUACCGACGCCCGGGAUGCAGUUCCAAAGGUCCGCUCGGCGCUGGCAAGUGUUGCCGACUUGACGAAGAAUGUUGCUAUCCGCGACCUCAAUGCUCAAUUCGCAGCGACUGUAGGAAUUGGAAGUGGUGUAUGGGACCGCCUCAUUAGCCUGCCCAGACCAGGGGAGCUGCAUCCUUUUCGUGAGAUCAUAGGGGCCAAACACACGGCUGUCGCCACUCCAGGGGACCUACUCUUUCAUAUCCGAGCAAACCGCCGAGAUUUAUGUUUCGAGUUCGAGAGGCAACUCAUGGAGCUUCUCGGCGACGCGGUCAAAGUGGUUGAUGAGACGGUAGGCUUCCGUUAUUUCGACGUACGGGAUCUGCUCGGCUUUGUGGAUGGCACGGCGAAUCCGGUUGGAAAUGCAGUGGACGAUGCCGUUCUUAUUGCCGAGGAAGACCCAUCUGGCACCGGCGGUAGCUAUGUUGUGAUUCAGAAAUACGUGCACAACCUGACCGGCUGGAAAGACCUCAAAACCGAGCAGCAGGAAGCCGUCAUAGGCCGCACGAAGUUCGAUAACGUCGAGCUGGAUGAUGCAGAUGACGACAAGCAAAAGUCGCACAAACAGCUUGCAACUAUAGAAGACGAGAAUGGCAAUGAACACGACAUCUUGCGUGAUAACAUGCCAUUUGGAUCACCAGGCUCUGGGGAGUACGGAACCUAUUUCAUCGGGUAUUCUAGAAAGCUGUGGGUCAUUGAGAAAAUGCUGGAGAGAAUGUUUAUCGGUGACCCACCCGGGAUGCACGAUCGUAUAUUGGACUACUCGACUCCUCUCACGGGAACUACCUUUUUUGUGCCGUCGGCUAGCUUGCUGGAUAGUCUAGGUGAUUGA